UGAUACUAUAAGUUGCAGUAUGUAAUGAUAACGGAUUAAUAUACCUCUGCGUAAAAUAGAAUGCAAAGGCCAAUUAUAAAGCUGACAGAUUUAUAACAUGAAGCAGAGUAAGGAUUGCUAUCGGAGCUUUGAAGGACUUCGGGUAUAGAGUUAUAUGCAUGCUAGUUACAUACAGCCGAGGGGUUGCUUUACGUAUAUCAGUCUCAAUUUCGGGUCCAACGUGAGCAGAGCAUUCAAACUUUCUCAAAAACAAACCAGUUCUAUUUAACUUUAAAGAGCUUCGCAGCUAGAGUAUCCGCACUAUGGCUAUCUUCCACGUUGUCAUGUUCAAAUUCAAAGACCUUGUGCCCCAGGAGGAAGUCAAGGCAGCUUGCGCCCAGAUGCUGGCUCUAGGAUCGAAUUGCAUCCAUCCCACGACGAAGAAACCCUAUGUGAAGGUACAUGGUGGAGGGAAAGACAACAGUCCUGAAGGAAAGCAGCUUGGAAUGACGCACGCAUUCGUCUUCGAGUUCGAGUCGGAUGAAGAUAGAGCGUAUUAUCUUCACAAAGAUCCAGCUCACUCGGAAUUUGUUGCGAGUGUCGUAAACUUACUCGAUAAACUUCAGGGUGUAGAUUUUACCCCUGGUGAGUUCUAAGUUAUGAGACUUGACAAGUGAGAUGGAAGCUCGCGAUGAGGUGAACGCGUUGGGGCUUGUGAAAGUCGGGGGGAAAGCGGGCGGGUGGAGGCAGUGAAUGAAAUGACGUCGAUUUGAUUGGUGUCUAGCGAAAAGUGGAAAAGCGCGUACGCUAGAGCCAAUUAAGAUUAAUUAGAGCCCUACGUCAUCCCCCACCUUACAGGUACCUUAGUAGCUUUGCUAAGCUACGCCCCACUUUAACCCACUGUGUAUGUAGGUACCUACAUAAUGGCGUCGGGGUCCUGGGGUUUGCAGGCAAUGGAACUAGCAGUACAAACCAAAACGUCCACUACAGACACGCAGGAACGGAACAACCAAUGUUCAUGAUCCAAACUUGUAAU